GUGUUAGUUACAGAGGCAUGUCCGGGUUCCGGUGGGGACUCCCACCCUGCUUUCAUUUCAUCGUUUUUUUCCGCCCUGCGCUGUUCGGUGUUUAUGCUAGCUUAACCGUUUAGGCUAGCUCGUCUGAACUACUGUGCGUUUAGUUUUUGACUUUGAGUUUAUCUGGCAUGUUUCUCGGUACUUCCAGCCUGGAGUUUUCGUUGUUUAUGACCGUUUAAGUGACGAAGAUGUGGCCUUCAGAGACGCUAAUCGUGCGGCUCGGCUGUUUGUGUGUCCUAGCUGCCGUGUCUCCUUCAGUACAUGCGAAUACUACAGUCUAUGGAAAAGUGGGAGGAGAAGCUGUCCUAAAACCACCUGCCAACCCUGAGUCUGGCCCCAUCACACAAAUCUCAUGGAAAGAAGGUUCUAACAAAGCCAUGGAGUGGGAGACAGGAGAUACGAAUGCAACAGGCUAUCGUCAGUUUCGUGAUCGCGGCCACCUGGACACUUCCACUGGUGUGAUGACGAUCAGCGGUCUGUUACAUAAUGACAGCAACAGCUACACACCCGAGAUCAACCACAGGCGACUCACUCCAGUUAGCCUCGUCGUCCUCUCUCCCGUCCCUGUACCCAGUGUUAACAAAUCCUGUGAUGAGAGCAAAUGUGAGUUGAUCUGUGAAGGAACCACAGCCAGAGCCACUCCAGUCAGCUACACGUGGAUGUCAGAUGAUACUGGGAAGCAUGUUUCAUCUGGGAAACAAUAUACUGUUCAUAAGGUGAACAGUUCAAUCAGUUAUGAGUUGAGCUGUGAGAUACAAAACCCAAUCAGCCGGGAGAGAAGUGAACCGAUCACCAUCUCUUCAGACUCAUUCUCUGUGAUAUCUCCACCUGGAGGAGGUCCAAACUUUUACACGGGACUUACAGUGCUCAUCGUGCUGCUGGUUGUCGUCACACUGCCGGUUGUCUUUCAUAAAUGGAAAACAGGAAUGUGGUUUUUUGAAAAAGAGUCCAUGCCGUGGGAAGGAGAUUUCUGGAGGAGUGAUGAACGUCACAGAGCUCCUGCAGCUAACGGCACCACUGCUCAACAACGAAACGAUGAACAAACUGAAGAGGAGACGCCAAUGACCAACGGCUAAACAUCAAGUAAGGACGGGUCAGGCGGAAACUGAGAUGAUCUGAAAGAUCCAAACAGAAACUGAAAAUGUUUAAGAAUGUCAAGAAGUGCAGACGUACAAUGGACGUUCACCGGGGUGUGCUCCAAACCACACAGCAGUAAAACGAGUUUUACUUGGUUGUUUUAAUUUGUCUAGAGACUUGAAAUGAAUGAAUCAUGUAAUAUUUUGAAGUCAUUUCCAUCAGAAGAAGACUCCGCUUUGUUCUUCGUGUGCCCUGCAUUGUUACUGUGAACACAUUUAAAGCGGACAGGAAGUGCUACAUGUAUAAAGGCUGAUUUACAGCAUCGAGUCCUACUCUUAAAAAAUGGCUAUGAAGCUGGAUUUAAUAAUAAUAUGUGUAUAAGGUUUUUAGUGCCAUCUUGUGCCAGUAUGGAAAGUGAUGUGAUGUGGUUGGUUGGUGCUAAUAGACUUACAUUAGUUUAUGUUGCUAACUAGUGACAGCUGCAGUGAGUUUUAUGUUAAAGUACCAAGGAUGUAUUGUCCCCUUUCACUCUGUCUCUUCAGCACAAAGUGGUCGUUCAUUAUUGGCUAGCUGCACUGAAAUAUGGGAAUCCACCAGUUAGCCGUAUUGUUCGGGUUUGUAGAGCACUUUAUAAAUGAGCAGAGCUUGUUGGAGUUAGGUGGACUAGUGAUUUACAAGGACGAGAAGCUUCAGUCUGACACUGUCCCCAUUGUCUUUGAUUUUUCCUCCUUUGGUUGGAUGCAGACACACGGCACACAAUCAGCUGGCAGAGCAGAUGUUCAGAGGAUGUGAUCAGCGUUGUUUUAUGCAGUAAAACAGUCUCUUUCCUCAAACACACCCAACCAGUUUCCAACAUAAGUUACUACAUGCCCAUCUCAAACACAUCAGGAAUCCUGAGAUUCUGCAGGGGGAACAGAGUGAUGUGUAGAACAGGAACAUCAGAGGGAAAGUUGCUGCACUCUUUGUAGUGAGUGAGAUGAUGAUGUCAGUGCAUUACUUCAUACUAGAAGUGGGGAAAAUCAAAACCCUAGUAUAAGUGAAGGAGAGCGUUCCUCUGUGGACAUGCUGAUGGACGUCAGGAUUUCCAUGUGCAUUGGUAAGAAAAAUAGUUAUAUUUGUAACUGUUGUUGUAAAACAGUUCUGUCACUCGGUAGUUCACAUAUACUAAAGCCAUUUUCCAGUUACCUCAGCAAUCUUGCAUUCCAGUAGGAAAUUUGGGAAAACCAGAGAAACCGGGUUCAUUUUGAUUCUUAGCAGGAUGCAACCAUUCGGGGGGGGGGUGCUUAAGAACGCAGCUGUGGCCCCUUCGUGCAUAGAGCCUGUUCAGUGCUGUGAGUAUGAUUAUAGGAUUCAUCUGUGAAUUCACAGCAGUGGCAGUCCAGAUUAUAAGUUUUACGUUUUUACUGCGGUUUACAUUCACUUCCGCCAUCUUGGAUUGUUAAGUCACAGUUGGUGGGCUGAUCUGACGUUUCAGGAUGACAGUUUAGAGUAGGGCUCCACAGUGUAAAUCAGCCUUUAUAAAUGUAGUGUUUAUGUUCACUUUAAUCCGAUGUUUAAUCUGACAUGAAAGUAUUGUUUUGUUUUCUGUCCUGCUUAAAGCUGCUGAAGUAUUUUAAUUACUAGCUUUUACUAUUAAAAGCACUACAGAUGUAGUUAGAUGUAAAAAGGUAACUUGAAUGAGAUGUGACAGGAGUCAAGCUUAAAGCAGAUCUCCAAGAUUUUCCAUAGAGGCAAAAAAUUUUAAACAAUAGCAGGAAACUCAGCAAAGUACCAUUUCCUGUGAUUGACUGCAUACCUGACACCGAAUGGCACGUCGACCACGUUAAAGAGGUACGCUGGGGGAUGAUUUAUAAUAAGAGCCAGGUGUGGUGCAGCCUCGCAGUGUGGAGGGGAGGAUGUUAAACUGGCAGCUUCUGGCGGCAAAAGGGACGCCAUUGUUUGGUUUGGGCCGCAGGGUCAAACAACAGUCAAUGCUUUGUACAGUUAAUGCAUAUGUGUGCGCUUCAGGGAAAAUUGAAGCUUGGACAAAGUUGCAGGUUUUUUAUUUACGUAUCUUAUUAUUUCUAUUAAUUCAUCUUCGAACAUAGAUCUUAUUUGGCUUGUCUUCUGUUACAGUGCAUUAUUUUUGUUACAGUUUUUUUGUCUCAUUCCAACCUACUGUGUGUGCAGAGGAUGUUCUGUAGCUGUAGCGUUAGACUUUUGUCUGGCAAAAGUAGCGAGCUGAAAGUCAGGUAUGAGCUGCAGUGCUGCUGCCAUCGGUCUUCUGCAAUCUCCAGAUACACUAAAGUUUCCACAUUGCUUCAUACAACAAGCACUAAUAUUUGUUUUUAUUCCCUUGGGUUUGUAUUUAUUGUGGUUCAAUGUCUGAGGACUCAAAUAAUGUAAAUAUAUAUGUUGUUUUUAUGAACUAUGUUUAAUAAAACCUACAAAAAUGCA